AUGGAUAUCGAGCCUACUUUCAAAGGGUACAUUGAAGAUGAAGAUGACGCUUUGCUUAUUCUUCAAGCAACUUUGGAUGGCAAGUUAAAGCAUAUACCAAGAAGGCCUUAUGAAAUAGAAAGACCUUAUUUGAUCGUAUCAGGUAGUAUAUUCGUUUUUAUUGAAGAGAUAUCGGGCAUCAAGAGAUGGACUGAUGGCGUUUCUUGGUCUCCAUCAAGAAUAUCAGGCAAGUUUCUAAUAUACAAGGAACUAGACAAGGAAAACGCCGGGUCUAAUGCUAAUGCUACUUCGAGUGGCAGUACUGAUUCCGCCGUCAUUACGGAUGGAACUUCUGGCGCGAGAAAUAACCCUUCUUCGUCGAAAAUCAAGCUACCUCCUUUGAAGAAUCACCAGUUUGAUUUGCCACCUACUAUGGGCCAUUCAAGUUUUGAGUCAGAGCAAGACACCUCCAUUUCUCCAUCAAACCGUUCGAACUUACCUUUAAAGUAUACUGGCCUGGUGAAGAAGACAAUAUCUGUGAAGCUGAAGAGACCUCCAUUCAACUCGAUUGAAAAUUUACAUAUUGUCUCUUAUUAUUCUGUAAAAGAUAUAAAACAAAAUUGUCUAGUGACUCCUAAAGCUUCUCCUUUUUUGAAAGAUGUUAGACCUUCACAGGAACUAAUUGUCGCGAUGGGAAAUACAACCUUAGGCAACGUGAAAAACAAUUCCACUACCACCGGUAAUGGUCCUAAUAAUAUAAACAAUAAAAGCAACUCUUCCACUCCCCUGAAUACUGUUAUUUCCACGAAUAACAAUAGUGCUAAUAUAAAUGCUGCUGGCAGUAAUCAAUUUACUAGUGCAAACAAAAAUUAUUAUUAUAAAAAUGAUGAAAGCUCUGGAUACCCAAUCACUCAAUUUGCUCCCGCAUUACCAUCAACAACUUUGAUGUAUACGGCGAAUCCACCUUAUAUCACUCAAUCUCCUGAUAACACUAACGCUACUGGUAUGAAUACACAUGUUAAUAAUAACAAUAAUAAUAGUAAUAACAGUAGUAAUAGUAAUAAUAGUAACAAUAAUAAUAAUAAUAAUAAUAAUAAUAAUAAUAACAAUAAUAAUAAUAUUAAUAAUAUUAAUAAUGUCAAUACUAAUGCAGGGAACGGUAACAAUCCAAAUAGAUUCCAUAACGCCUCUUUUGCUUAUAACACCACCGGUGACUUUAUUAAUCCGCAACAACAAGGACAAAUUUCUUAUCCAUUUUAUUAUACAACAAUUCCGAUAAACAAUCCUAACUAUUAUACCACACAACCUCCAAACCCUGUAACAAACGCUUCAACGAACGAGAAUCAAGGCUAUUCCACCUCCUCAACUCAACACCCUUAUUAUGGGCAUCCUACUGAAAGUCAAUCAGCAUCAGCAGCCGCAGGCGCUACUGGCACUCCUGGUACAGCCGAGAAUGUCCUUCCCGUAUCCAGUAUGCAGCCACUACUCCAUCAAGCCAAUAAUAAUAGUGCAAGCUCUGCUACCUCUACAGCUCCUUAUCCGGUGUAUUCUAUGAAUGUGAAUGUUCCUUAUUACAAUUCUUCUGCUUCUGCAUACAAGAGGGCACAAGAAAAUACUACUUCAAAUACGAAUGCAGAACCUUCUGGUGCUACAAGCACUAACUCAGGCACCAUGCUAUCAAAUCCUGCAUACGCUAAUUCUCAGUACACUCCAUCGCAAGUGUAUUACCAGGGAUUCCCCCAAUAUGCCAUGGCAAGUGCUCAAAAUCCGUCUAUGUAUCAACACCAGCACCAACAUCCUUUGCCCACUGUAUAUCCAAUAGCGACGCCUCAACAAAAUAUAAUGAGCUCUGGUCACACUUUGAGCACUAUUGGAUCUGAUCCUCAACAUCAUCACUAUCAACAAGAGCCCAACGACCACAAAAACUUCGCUAUGGGUCACGCGAACAAUAAUAUCUUAAACAUCACCAAUAAUGAUACGAUGAACAACCUCAAUACAAACACUUCAACUACUACACAAUAA